GAACAUCAGCUAAAUUAAAAGAACAAUAUGGAUCAGGUUAUAAAUUGGUUAUUAAUAAACAUAGUAGCUGUCGUAUAAAUGAUAUUAAAACUGAAUUACGUAGUUAUUUACCAGAAUUAAAAGUUGAAACAGAUAUAUCGGGUGGUGAUGUCGUCUUUCGUACAAAUCAACAACCAAAUGAUCAAUUUGUUCAAGCAUUACAUCAUCUUGAAUCAAUGAAAAGAAAUAAUCGAAUUAAAAAUUAUGGAGUACAAAAUAGUACUAUGGAUGAUGUAUUCUUAAAAAUUACAAGAGAUACAGAAGUUAAAUAUGAUUCAAACUCAACAUCCCUUUAUACUAAUACGAUCGAAAAACAAUGUCGUCAUGUAUUUCAUCAUCAACGUUUUCUUUCUGGUCCUCGUUAUUAUUUAAGUCAGUUUCAUGGAUUAUUAGUAAAAACUGUACUUGUUCGUUAUCGUCGUUGGGGAUUAACACUUCUUGUUUUAUUAUUACCAAUUUUAUAUAAUCUUUUAUUAAAUUUAAUAUUUCAAAGUCAAAGUGAUACAGGAGUUUUUAAAAUGAAUAUCAAUUCUCUUAAUCCACAAACAAUUUUAUAUCAUACUGAUCCGAGUAUGAAUAAAUAUUUUCUUGCAUCUAUUAAUGGUGCAAAACUUGAAGAAGGACCAGAAAAUAUAUUUGAAAUGAAUGAUAAGAUUUUGAAAAAACGAAUGGAUCGUCUAUAUACAUAUACAGAUAUUUAUCUUGGUUUUAAUAUUCCUUCACCAGCUGGAGACACUUAUAAGAUUCAAGCAUUAUCAUCAAAUUUAAUAUCAGGUUAUGAAGUUAUUUCUCUUGCAUCAAAUACAUUCUAUAAACAUGCAUUAAAUGAUUCAAGUGCAUCGAUUCAAACAACACUUGUCUAUAGAAAAAAGAGAAGAGAUUUUACUGGAGGACCAUCGCUUGGUCAAAUACUGGAUAUAUUUAGUCAGUCAUCAUGUUUUAGAAAAAUAUUACCAACAUCACUUUUGUUUGAUUUGUUUAUAUUCUAUAUUUUGUUCUUUUACACAACUGUAUUUUUAAUCAGUGAACGGAAAGAUAACUUUUUAUCAUUACUGAAUAUUAGUGGUUUACAUCCAGCAUCAUAUUGGUUAUUUACUUAUCUAUUUGAUAUGAUAAUAUCUGUUAUAUGGUUUUGUUAUUUACUUGCAAUUUAUCGUAUAUUUGAUGUUUCUUUUAAUGAUCAACCAAAAGAGAAACCUUCAGUACAAAAUGUAGAUGAAAUUCUUAGUUCAUGGGAUUUCCGUGUACAAUUUUAUCGAUUAUCAAUUUUAACAGCAUUACCAACAUUACCCUUUGCUUAUUUAUUAACAAAACUUUUUAAAAAUGAUAUUCUCGGUGGUAUAACCAUAUGUUUUGUAUUAAUAAUUCUUCAUUCUACAAAUAUUAUUUUCUCAGUUUUAAGAACACAUAUUAUAAGUAUAUCUGUUCAAAAACUUUUAUAUUGGCUAUUUAGUAUCAUAUUUCCAACUAUCAAUUCACAAGCUAUAAUAACUCAUAUCUUAGCACAUGAAAGUCAAUUCUGUAAAGUAGUGAUUGCAGAGAUUAAAGCAGACCCUAGUGACGAUACAUCAUAUUUUGAACCUAUUGGUGAUGAUACAAUGUGUUGGAAUAUAGUUAUUCUUGUUUUACAUAUAGUUAUAUUCUUAUUCUUAUUAAUUAUCAUUGAUAGUGGUUUAUUACAAUUUUCAUUUUCAUCUUCCUAUAAAUCAAAUUUUAAUGAAAAUACUCUUGAUGAUGAUGUUUUAGCUGAACGUCAUCGAGUUUUAGGAACGCAAACAUAUACAUUUGAAGAUGAAGAAAAUGUUGAUCAUUUAAUAGUUAAAAAUCUUGUUAAAUAUUAUCCAAGAAGAAAAACUUUAGCUGUUGAUCAUUUAACAUUUAGUGCAAGACGUGGAGAAGCAUUUGGUUUACUUGGUUAUAAUGGUGCUGGUAAAACAACAACAUUUCGUACUAUAAUUAGUGAUAUAAUAUCAACACACGGCGCAGCUUAUAUAGAUGGACAAAGUAUUCGUCGUCGUGUAAGAUCUACACGUCAUUUAGGUUAUUGUCCACAACAAGAUUGUAGUAUGGAUUUUCUAACUGUUCGAGAUAGUCUUUAUCUAAUAGCCCGUAUACGUGGCGUUGAAACAUCACGUUUAAAAUCAAUUGUUGAAACAAUGAGUUCAUUAUUUUUACUUGAUCCUUUUCUAAAUAAUUAUAUUCAUCAAUUAAGUGGUGGAACAAAACGUCGAUUACAUACUGCCAUAGCAUUAAUUGGACCACCAUUAGUAGCUAUUCUUGAUGAACCAACAACUGGUGUUGAUCCAAAUGCACGUCAACAAAUGCAAGAAAUAUUUUUAAAUGCCGUUAAAGCUAAAUUAACUAUUAUUCUAACAAGUCAUUCAAUGGAUGAAUGCGAACGUGUUUGUAAUCGUCUUGGUAUAAUGGUUCGUGGUCAAUUCGCUUGUUUAGGUACAAUUCAACAUUUAAAAUCUAAAUUUGGUCGAGGUUAUACAAUUGAAAUUAAAGUUCAUACAACUCCUGAAGAUGCAAAUGCAGUAAUAAUACAAAAUGUUCAAAGAUUUUUAUUAUCACAACGACAAUAUCAAAUUGAAGUUAAAGAAAUAACACAUUCAACAGGUUUAUUUCAAUGCGGGCAAGGUACACCGGCUGAGUUAUUUCAAUUGCUUGAAGAAAAUAAACAACAAUUACAAAUUGAAACAUAUACAAUAUCACAAACAACACUUGAACACGUAUUUUUAUCAUUUGGAAAACAAAUUCAAACUAGUGCAGAUGAAUAA